UAUAUUAUGGAAAGCAGCAUGAACCGGAAAUCAGCCACUGUCUGUGUCUGUUUACUUAUCCACGUGAAUACAAUGAAGAUCUGAUGUGACCUCAGUCCUCCCAGCACAGGUUGGUCACAAUGUCAUUGAGAUGCUGUCAGAAGAUGUUAGUGAGACUCUAUGGUGGCUCUCUGUCCACUGUGAAGAGCUGCAUGUGUUUGAGACGCUACACUAGAGCAGCUCAGAGUCACAGGAGGGUGGUGAUCACCGGCAUCGGUCUCGUCUCUCCCCUCGGGACAGGGAGUGCUCUGCCAUGGCAGCGUCUGAUUGGUGGAGAAAGUGGUUUGGUUGCUUUGGACCCAGAGGAGUAUAAGACAGUGCCAUGUAAGGUAGCAGCCCGCGUGCCGAGAGGAGAUAAACAUGGAGAUUUCAAUCAAGAGGUGUUUGUGUCCAAAGGAGAGCUCAACAGCAUGUCUCCAGCUACAGUUAUGGCCAUCGGUGCCGCCCAGCUGGCUCUUGAGGAUUGCGGAUGGUUUCCCAGAAGCCCUGAGGAGCAGCUUAGCACCGGUGUGGCGGUCGGGAUGGGUAUGGUGUCUCUGGAGGAAAUCGCUCGGACGGCCUCGGCCUUUCAGACACGCGGCUACAGCAAAGUCAGCCCAUUUUUUGUCCCCCGUAUCCUGGUCAACAUGGCCGCGGGACACAUAAGCAUCAAACACAAACUCAAGGGUCCCAAUCACGCCGUGUCCACAGCAUGCACCACAGGAGCUCAUGCUGUUGGCGACGCGGCUCGUUUCAUCGCUCACGGUGAUGCCGAGGUGAUGCUCGCCGGUGGGACGGAGGCCUGCGUCAGUCCGCUGUCCAUCGCAGGGUUCGCUCGUGCUCGGGCCCUCAGCACCAACUGGAACCAGGAGCCCAGACUCGCCUCACGCCCGUUUCAUCCAGACAGAGAGGGGUUUGUGAUGGGAGAAGGGGCAGCUGUGCUGGUUUUAGAGGAAUAUGGACAUGCCAAGCAGAGAGGUGCACGGGUGUAUGCUGAGGUGCUGGGAUAUGGACUCUCUGGAGACGCCAGCCACAUCACGGCUCCAACCGCAGAUGGAGACGGAGCCUUUCGAUGCAUGUCUGCUGCUCUCCGUGAUGCUGGAGUGUCUCCUUCAGCCGUGACGUAUGUCAAUGCUCACGCCACCUCCACGCCGCUCGGAGACGCCGCAGAGAACGCCGCCAUUAAGAGGCUGUUUGAGCAGCAUGCGUACUCACUGGCCGUGUCCUCCACUAAAGGUGCGAGCGGUCAUCUGCUGGAAGCCGCCGGCGCACUGGAGGCCGCCUUCACUGCCCUCGCGUGUCACCACAGCGUCCUCCCGCCCACACUCAACCUGGACCGCACCGAGCCAGAGUUUGACCUGAACUAUGUGCCCUGCACAGCACAGACCUGGAGCUCCAGCGGACGCAGAGUCGCUCUCACCAACUCAUUCGGCUUCGGGGGAACAAACGCUUCUCUGGUUCUCGCCAGCGUUGAUCAAAUCCACUGAUAUGUCAGUAUGUAAUAUUGACCUGUUGUUAUAUGAAUCAGUAACAGAGGUUUAAAACAUUUAUCCAUAAAAUGCAGAUGUUAACAGCUCUUCACAGUACUGUAUUCUGUACACUGUUUUUAUCAGUAAAUGUGUUCAGUUGUCACAUGAACUCAUUGAGUUGCUUAAUUCAAUUUAUUGAAUUCAUUUUAAUUUCAAAUUAAAUUGAAUUAAGAACAGUAAGAAGCAUAAUUAAGAAAAAAUGCCUUAAUUUAAUUAAGUCAAGUUGAUGGAUAACAAUCCGUGCACAGAUUUGAUAGUAAAUAUAUCUUCAGACAUUUUGACAGAAACUUGCAAGGUUAUUCUUUGCUUGUAUACACAAUGUCCAAAAUAAAAUUGCUAUUAAAAAGA